CAAAUAUGACAGUUGACUUCACUAAAAAAAUAUAGAAAUUAUAAAUAUAACCUAAAAUUAUUAUUAAGAUAAGAUCAUCGAUAUAAGAUGUCUUAAAAAUGAUUGAAUAAUAAAUAAUGAAUUUUUACUAUUUUUACAUAUUAUAUUCCUGGCUUUAAAAAUGUCAAUAUUUUAUUUAACACCUGCAAAAGGUGACAUGCCUAUGUACUUAUUAGAAGAUAUUGUUAUCAAAAGAUUAGAAAGUUUAAAAUCCGUUAUAAAUGGAAAUAAUUUGGCUUACAAUGAAUACUUAAUCGAAGGUAGCGUUUAUGACAAUGUUGGACAUUUUAUGCUUUGUAUUAUAGCUAUUUUGGGCGAAAACAAUGAAUUUUGUCACUUCUUUCAAAAAGCAGAAACUGAACUGUUCAAACUCAGAAUUGGAUGUUUAUCUUCGUAUGAUUUACGAUGUUUUGCCAAAAAAAUGUUGCGAUGUAUUAAAAAAUACGAGCCAGAGACAUCGUAUAUUACCCCCCUACAUAUAAUAUGUCAACAUCUAGUUUUAAAAUAUAUUGCGCAACACAUUUCUCAAAAACAUAGUAAUGAAUGUGAUAUGUACAAUAUAAAGGUACAUUUUAAACACUGCCUUUCAUUUGUAUCAAGAAGACAAGUGGAAUUGACUAAAGGAGUAGCUACAGUACCAUGUGGACUCUGGAAACAGUACUUGAUGUUGCUAUUCAUUAAAAACUUGAAUCAAAGACUUAACACUAAUUUAUCACCUAUACAAAGUGACCCACGAAUAGAAGAACUACUUCAUAAAAUCAAUAAAAUAUUCAUUCCAAAUUUAAAUGAAAAAAUGAAUAUUUUAAAGAGCAGAGAUGUUGACAGCGCAUCAAACCUUUUUCCUCCUUGCAUGUUAAAUCUGCAUAGAAAGUUGAGGCAAAGACACCGGCUCUCACAUUCACAAAGGUUUUAUUAUAGUUUAUUCCUUAAAGAUAUUGGUAUGCCGGUUGAGGAAGCAAUAGAUUUUUGGAGAACUGAAUACAGACUAACACCAAGAGGGAGUCAUAGUUGCUGCCAUAGUUGGGAGAAGGAUGAGAAAAAGUUUUUAUAUGGCAUCAGACAUAUGUAUGGAUUGGAAGGAGGUCGAAAAAACUAUACUUCAGUCAGUUGCCAGAGAAUUCAGAGCAUAGACAAUGCAUGUACUGAAGGGGGUUGCCCGUUUAAGUCUUUUGAUAAUAUAAAUAUGGUUAAGCUAAUUUCAAAGCCCACUGAAGCUUUGAUGUCACAAAUAUAUGAGUAUAAAAAUAGAAAUCAAUUUACUUCAGCAUGUAUGCUGACACUCAAGGAGAGAGAGAACUUUAAUACCUUUAGCUUUAAUUUUAAUCCUGUCAAAUAUUACAUGAUUUCUUCAAAAACUAGUCCUGUUUGUACAUGAAAUAUUAUAUUAAACUUUUAUUUAUAUA